AUGUCACAACCAGUUGCUACUACUACCCCUACUUCUAAACCAAAGCCAUGUUGUGUUUGCAAAGUGGAAAAAGCCACCAGAGAUGAAUGUUUAUUGAAAAAUGGCGAAGAAUCCGGUAAAUGUGAUGGCAUGAUCACAUCCUACAAGAAGUGUAUGGCAGGCUAUGGUUUCAAGAUAUAA